AUGUUACUUCUAAGUGUUUUAACAGCACUUUGGUGGCAGCUUCACUGCCACUCUCUUCCCCUCGGGAAUUUGUCUGUAAAGGUAUCUCCUUUGGCUUCAUAUAAACUUGAUAUCAGCAAUCCCGCUGAUCUCGACAAGGUCAAGACUAUAGAAUGCGACUUGGACGACAUUCCGUCCUUCAUCUUUGUUCCAAAGUUCGGUGUUGAUGUAAACAAGAUAACCGAUGGAAACUUGAAUCUUUGGGUCUCCGACACUCACCAGACCCUAGUUCUCGCUACCGUGCAUUGCACAAAGCCACUAUACCGCAGGUCUGGAUAUUACCUAUUCAGAGUGGUCGCCAGAGAUUUAUACGGUGAAGUUGUUGUCAACCUUUAUAGGUAUCUCAACGGCUCCUACCAACUCAUUAGUGACUCUAUGUUCGAUGAUGAACUCAGACUAAUGAGAAUUAAAGUUCCAUCUCACCAAAAGGUUGUUAUGGACAUUAACGAUACCUUCUCAUCCGACAUGUUUGUCCAUGAGGAUGUUGUCUUUGACGGUGUGUUUGCAUCAGUCCACAUUCCUCGUAAGGGAUAUCAUGCAAAGGCCCUUGUCGAGGGUGAGUUGCCCAUCUGGAAGGGGAUGAACGGUGAGAGAUGCACCAACGCCCUUGUUUACUACAAGGCUCUCGAUGCUGUAUUUGCCCAGGUUUCCAUCCUUGACGACAAUGACGUUGAGGACACGUUGUAUUUGAGAAAGAAGGGAAAUAAAUGGGAGGCUGUUGGAGAAGAAAAGUUUUACAAAAAGUUCUCCAAGGAGUUCUUGUUCUCUGCGAACGAUGAGGUUCACUCGGACAAGAAGCUUCCCGAGCCUCUUGAUGGCAACGUCAAGCAUGUUUUGGAUAUCUCUCAUCCUGGCAAGACCCUUCUUGUAUGCAGCCAUGUAAGGGGAGCUGUCAACUACAAGACAUAUCUUCCAAACGGUGGUUCUAUCAUGUCCAUCGUCGAUGGCGAGGCAGAUAUAUGGACCGCUUCAAGAGAUGAAAACUGCAAAUUUGUGAGCUCCUACGCUUUCGAGGAUCUCACCGUCUUGUACGUCCAUAUUGAAAGGGGCGAGAACUUUGAUUUCAAGUACUUUGGAAAGGGAGAAAGUGGUUGGCAAGAGCUCACAAGUAAGGAGUACAAUGAAAUUCUGAACAAGUUCGUCGACCCUGAAGAUGACACUUUCUCAUCGGGGUCUGAGCUUGAUAUUACUCUCGAUAUUUCUGAUGUUGAUGAGCUCCUCUUUGACACCCAAAGACAUACCGAGGAACCAGUUGGUAUUGUGGAGUACACUUCUAUUCCUGGUGCCGUCAUUUCUCGUGUUGUUGAUGGAAAGGAAAAGAUUUGGGAUCCAUCUGAUAAGGAGGUCAAGUGUACCAGAGCUAUCGUUGACACCGUUGAAGGUGUGCCAACUGCUCUAUACCUCACCAUUGUCAAGCAUGACAAUUCCACCAUCCACAAAAUUUACGGCAUGAAGGGUGAUAAGUGGGCCGUUUUGGAGGUUCUCAGGAUUCAUGAACCCGAAGAGGAACCCGUGAAUGCCGCUCGCUUUUCACAUCGUGAUGAACUUGCCUCACUCUUUGGAGAUGAUUAUGACGAUGAAGACCUUUCCGUUCUUGGUAAUGGCUUGCCCACUGAAGUUGAGCCUAUCCUUAACGACUGGCUUGAGGAUUCAUUCUCCAAGACACAAGACAAGGUCGGCUCCACAUGGUCUGAUGAAUUGUUGGCUCUAGAUGAGAAUGAAUACCAGUUCGAACAUGACUAUUACAACUAUGAUUCUAAAUAUGACUCUGAACUCCUUGGCGAAGAAUUUGAGCAUCCAAGCAAGCCAUCCAUUCCAUUGUCAGUCUGCUUGGAUAUCAGCGAGCUCAAGUACUCUAAGGCUGAGGUUAUUGAUGCCAGGGCUUAUGCUCGUCCAUUCAUCUUGUACAACUCACUCAGGGGUAAUCCAAUAACGUGUGUAGCCGAUGGAAACCAAAGCAUCUGGAAGGCUUUGGAAGGGGAGAGAUGCCUCUUUGCUUCUUCUUUUGUAGAGGGUGAGGAUCUCCGUUUGUUGGAAAUCUCAGUAAAGGACAAGGUCUCAACUUACCGCAAGUAUUUCCAGAAAAUUGGCGGUGAAUGGGUGGAGGUUGAUUUGGAAAGUUUUGAGAAGAGAAUGGGAUGUGGAAAGGGUCCUGCGGCCGAUUCCUUCCUAACUGGAGGUUACAUGGCUGUAUUGGCACUGGUUGCUUUUGUCUUCUCUUUCUGAGGAUAAAGGCUAUUGCUCAAUAGCUAACUAUAAGAUCGCACUACUGUAACUUGUAGAGGUAUAUAUCGCACCAUCCUCUCAUUGCAGAAAUCUUGCAAUUUAAUCGUUCACACACCGUAAGAUGGCUAUAAUAUACUCCUGUAACUUUUAGGUCCAUG